GUCUGGCAUGGGAGACGAUCAGUUUGCUUGUAACCCUCGAACUAGACGGAUAGGAUUUCAUCUUCAUUUUGUUGUAAAUUCAGUUCUUUUUCGUUGAAACCUUGUAUUUCAUCAAUAUUAUUUAAACGAAGUGAAUUAGAUGCUUAUAAUUUGAUUCAAAGUGAUUAUAAUAUACAUACCUAAGUUGAUACCUCAAAAAAAAAAAUAAUAAAAAAAAGUUGGAAGAAAGUUUUAAUAAAAUAAUAUCGACUAAUUGAUUAACAAUUUUAUUUAAAAAUUUAAAUUUAAAAAAUUAUACGAUAGUAAAAAAGUUGUUUAUCAUGAAUAACAAUAACACUGGCAUUGUCUUUAUGUUUGUAAUGGUUUAUGUUUUAAGUAGCGUUCAAUCCGCACUCAACUUCAACAACGAUCUGGAUAACAACAAACAUUUCAAGAGCGUUCCAACUACAGUGAAAACAUUUGAGAAUGACACUGUCCUACUGCCUUGCUAUCACGAUAUCCCAUUUAGAUACGUGCGAUGGCAUCGAGAUGAUGUACCAUUAGUUGAUUCUCGACAUCCAGAAAAUCCAACACCGGAACGAAUUCACCUUUGGUCAAAUGGAAGCCUACAAGUGUCCAACGUGCAAGCGGAAGACACGGGUGAAUACUAUUGCGAAAUAAUGGCUAACACCGGUCAUGCCGUACAAAUACACGCAAUCGAAGUUCAGUAUUCCCCUUCUAUUGUCUCUGAACCUAGUGGAUUUCUUGAACUACCUGUUGGUUCUAUAUUUGAAAUAACGUGCGAGGCAAGGGGGGUACCCUUGCCUGCUCUUACAUGGCGACACAAUGGCAUCUCUAUCGAAAAUUAUCACGUUGGCAAUCGUCAGAAUCACGUAGUUGAAAUUUUGUCUCGUGAAAUGUCCGGCUCAAUAGAAUGUCUUGCUACAAAUGGUGUAGGUGAGCCUGCCGUUGCCGGUGUUCAUUUAAAUGUUCUUUUUAGUCCGGAAGUCCAAGCUAUUCAUCCAGUGGUUCACACGAAAAUCAACAUGCGUGCUCAUCUUGAGUGCAUGGUGGAUGCGGCACCAUCUGCCACGGUCCAUUGGUUUCAUCAUGGGGUGCCAGUAUCAACAGAUUCAAGAAUAGCACGUCAUGAUAGCGAACUGGAGUCUAAUCGCUCGCUUACACACUACUACACCGAAUCCAAGCACAUCUUAAUCAUCAAGAAGGUCAAAGACUCUGAUCUGGGGGUAUACGAGUGCCGCGCAGAAAACAAGAUCGGUUUCAAGGGGGUGGCGAUCGAUUUGACAGGACGACCGAUGCCAUGUGUUUUCAAGAUUAAUCCCGCAGUGCAGAGCCCAACUUCUCAUAACAUGAUCUGGCAAACGGAAAGCCAGUCGCCCAUCAACGAAUUCAAGUUGAAGUUUCGACAGAUUACAUCGGGAAAUGUGACACCACAGAAUAGAGCUAUAAGCAAUGAAUGGACAGAGCUCACUAUUCCUUCGGAGUUUUCUGAGGGUCCAAUCCACACAACCGCUUACAACUUACGUGGACUUCAACCAGCUAGUUUGUAUGAGGUUGCCGUUUUAGCUAGGAACCGGUUCGGAUGGAGUGACAAUAGCAAGAUUGUGAGAUUUGCUACUGGCGGUGAAGUUGAACUUCCGAAUUAUUCAACGGAAUCAGACGUGCAAUACGAUGAAGAAGUCGAAGAAAAUUUUCUCAACGAAAUUACACAAAGCUCACACACCUCAAGUGUGAGUGUCACCAAAAUUCAUCAAGUUGUUACGUACUCCAACGCGAUUGGAACUUGUAUAGACAAGGCGAGUGUAUGGGUAGUUGGAAUAAUAUUUUUUGUAAGAAGUGUAUUGCAUUUACGUCGAAAUUAAAUAAAGAAAAUAAUAUAAGAAUAAA